AUGCUAUCAAAACAAGCACUAGCUUUGAGGCUUUCAACGGCUUCAAAGCUUGCUCUUAAAACGCCUAUCAACUCUUCUGCUCGCCAACUCUCAUCCUUAUCCACCCCUUCUUCUUCCCCCGUUUCUCAGUAUGGCAGCUCCAACUCUUCUGCAAUCACCCAGCACCGACGUCGUAACUCUUUUUCAUUAUCUAUGAAGCUGGCUCAUACUGGUGAUGCCCUUCGUCAUAACUCGUCUUCAGCCCCUCCUGCUUCUUCUAAUAAAAAGAUUCUCCCAACAUCAACUAGAUUUUUUGAGAAGAACUCGGUUCCAAAGGAAAUGUCUGAAGAAGAUAUUGCUCUCGAUAUGUUUUUUUCAGGCUAUAGACCACUUUUUGUUUUUGAUCACUUUCGUCAGAAUGCCCAGCGGGCCACUACUGAAGAAGAAAACCAAGAAUACUUGCCAUGGGAUGUUUCUGUUUCUGGGUUAUCGAUUAAUCCAGAAAUGAAAAACAUUCCACGCAAAAUUGUUCGCAACCUUGUUCCUUACAACCUCCCUCCCACAGAAAAGGAGGCUGAUGAAAUUGAGGCUGUCCGUCAAGAAAGAAUGGAACGUCGCAUUGAAAGUAUGAAACUUGAACGUCAACGCCUUUUGGGUUCUACCGGUGGUCUUCUAGAUGACGACGUCAAAGUUAUCAGUGUGGAGAUCAAAUCUAAUAAUGGAGAAAACAAAAUUUUUGGUGAUGAUACUGAGGUUUCUCUUUAUGUUGAUGGAGAGCUUUCAUCUGACCCUGAGGUACUUAGAUAUCUCGAUAGAUUUAAGGGUGUUUUGCAAGGUGCUGAGGAAGCCUUUUCCGCCUCUUCAGUUGAACUGGAGGAAACACCAUAUAUCACUGAAUCCCCGGCUUCUAAAUCAUAUGGCCGAAUCAUCUACGCGACUAGCGUGAAAAGAAAGAGAAAACUUAAAAUGAACAAGCACAAGUUGAGAAAGAGACGGAAAUUGCAGCGCGCUCAAAUGAGAAGACUCAAGCGAUAA